CCAAAUGAGCCGUUUUCUACGAACAACGUCUCUCCGUUUUCAAAAUCUCACUGCCUUAUACUCGAUAGGAAAGUCCGUAAAAGGUCGCGAUUUAUGGGUAAUGGUUGUUUCUUCCUCGCCUUACGAACAUAUGAUCGGUAAACCAGAUGUGAAAUAUGUGGCCAAUAUACAUGGAAACGAAGCUGUUGGACGUGAAUUAAUGUUACAUCUGAUUCACUUUUUUGUGACGAAUUAUGGGUCAGAUCCGUAUAUUACAUGGCUAUUAGACAAUACUAGAAUUCAUAUUCUUCCGUCAAUGAAUCCCGAUGGCUUCGAAGUUUCAAAAGAAGGAUACUGUGAAGGUGGACAAGGCAGGUACAAUGCACGCGGUUUCGAUCUGAACCGUAACUUCCCCGACUACUUCAAGCAGAACAAUAAGAAAAGUCAACCAGAAACGGAAGCUGUGAAAGAGUGGGUCUCGAAAAUUCAAUUCGUUUUAUCCGGAAGUUUACACGGAGGUGCCUUGGUUGCUAGUUAUCCAUUCGAUAACACUCCAAAUUCGCUGUUUCAGAGUUAUACUUCCGCGCCGAGUAUUUCGCCAGAUGAUGACGUGUUUCAACACUUGUCGCUAGUAUAUUCGCGAAACCAUGGAUCUAUGUAUCAAGGACAGGCAUGUUCACCAUCUCAACUGGGAUUUAAAAAUGGUAUCACAAAUGGUGCUCAAUGGUAUCCGCUCACCGGAGGAAUGCAAGACUUCAAUUACGUGUGGAACGGUUGUAUGGAAAUCACGUUAGAACUUUCAUGCUGCAAAUAUCCGCCCGCUUCUGAUUUGCAAUUUUAUUGGGAGGAGAAUCGCGUUGCAUUGAUUAAGUUUUUGGCUGAGGUUCAUAAAGGAGUUCGUGGAUUCGUUGUUGAUGAAAACGGGAAUCCCAUUGAGAGAGCAUCUAUUAAGGUGAAGUCCCGAGAUGUUAGUUUCCUCACUACAAAAUAUGGCGAAUUUUGGAGGAUUUUAUUGCCAGGAGUGUACAAAUUAGAGAUAUAUGCAAAUGGAUAUCUUCCUCGUGAUGUUGAAUUUAGGGUAGCAGAACACCAUCCAACGUCUUUCAACGUAACACUAUAUAGAGUAAGCAGGCAUCCAAAUGAAGAUGACACUGGAUUUAACUUUUAUAAUGGAAACAGGGACAAUAUUAAUCGAGAUCAUGUGAUACACUUUCGACCACAUUCAGGAGCGAACACUGCUUCUGAAACAAAUAGCGGAAUUUUCUCAUCUCUUAGUAACGGAUUCAACUCGUUCGUUAGUAAUUGGUUUGGAUAA